GUGGCAAGUCUUCACGGGAGGGUGUGUCAUGUGUGAAAUUUUAAGUCCAGUGUCCAUAGACUUCAAUUGAAACCGAUAUCUUUGCAUUGUGGUCGCUUACCAAAUACCAACUAUUCCUGCCAUCUUCAUAGUUUAGUUUUUGAGCUCUCUCGUCUUCACUUUGUAAUACAUACAAACAAACAGCUUCUUCUUUUCAUUUGUACUAUUAAUAAAAUUUCACUGUUUGAACGCUCUUUUUCUUCAUUAUCCUAGUGCGGCUAAGGUGUUUGUAUAAUUUCCCAAGAGGAAAAGAAGACUGAAACAAUAAACUGCAGUAGCCCAGUUCUUCACAGCUUGCUAUCUUGCCUUGUCUUUAGUACAUGAAUGGCAACCUGCAGCAGCUUGACUCUUCAUCAUCGUUGUUGGUCUAGAUUAGACUUACCAUGGAGACCUCCGAGACUAAUGCUAAACUUCAAUUCAGUGUCUGCAACUACUACUGUUGCUACUUCUUCUUUGGCAGGCAAAGCCCCCUUUGAGAGGUGCAGUAGUGGCCACAUUGGCAUAAGGACAUGCAGCAGGAAGUCGAAAUGGAUCAUAAAACGUUGCUCCACCAAUCCAUUUGUUGUUGUCGACGAUGAAAAAUAUGGAAAUAAGCAGGUUGUUAGUAUUACUCCAAGUCUUUAUGAAUACAUCCUUGGCAAUGUUCGAGAGCCAGAGAUUCUAAGGCAACUUCGAGAAGAGACUGCCUCUUUGCGUGGUAGUCAGAUGCAGGUGUCUCCUGAUCAGGCACAGCUACUUGCAAUGCUUGUGCAGAUUCUUAUGGCGGAGCGGUGUAUUGAAGUUGGUGUUUACACUGGAUACUCAUCAUUGGCUGUUGCAUUAGUCCUACCAGAAUCAGGUCGUUUGGUUGCCUGCGAAAGAGAUGCUAAGGCUCUUGAGGUUGCAAAGAAGUAUUAUGAACGAGCUGGUGUUUUGCACAAGGUGGAUGUAAAAUAUGGACUUGCCGCUGAUGUCCUAAAAUCACUGAUUCUGAAUGGCGAAGCUUGCAGCUAUGAUUUUGCGUUUGUUGAUGCGGAGAAGAGGAAGAAUCAAGAGUACUUUGAAUUGCUACUUCAACUGGUGAAGGUUGGGGGUCUCAUCGUGAUUGAUAAUGUCCUUUGGCAUGGAAAAGUUUGUGACCCAAUGGUAAAUGACGUGAAGACUGUUAGCAUUAGAAAUUUCAACAAACGUCUGCUGGAGGACAAACGUGUAAGCAUCAGUAUGGUAGGGGAUGGUACCUAUUGGAGAUGGCAUGACAAUAUGUCGAAAGAGAUGACCUCAAACCAAAGCAUAAGUCCUGUGCAAGUGAGAUUUUGUUGUCAAAUUUUCAGAAAGUAUCCAUAUUCAUCGGUUUCUGUGGGAUAGUUGAGGCUCAGGAUGUUUCUGCAUAGCUCUUGGAGGCUACUUGGCUCUUGGAGGCUAUGAUUUGCAGAUUAAGCUGAUUUUUGUUAAGGGCAUAAUCUUUAUUAUUUCUUCUUGUAGCUAUAACUAGUACUUGGGCUUGAGCUUUGAUUUAUUUAUUCAGCCUUGAUUGUAUAAGUUGGGUGCCCUAGUCUCUUUUAGUGUGAGAGAACAUCAUUAGAAGACCAGACAACCUAAUUUCCCCCCAAUUUUGUGGGUGUGUAACAAUUGUAGGGGUAUAGCAAGGUAGGGUUUAAGGGACCCAACUGCUUGAAAAAGUCUUGAGACCUAAGUUGGCAAAAUUUUACAGUAUUGAAGAUA